CUGCUCUCCUCCUUGCAGGGCCUGAUCAAGAUCCGGGGGGACCAGUGCUGGCGGGACCUCACCUGCAUGGACUUCCACUAUGAGACCCAGCCGGUGCCCAAUUCUGUGGCGUACUACCUGCACCACUCCCCCUGGUGGUUCCACCGCGUCGAGACGCUCAGCAACCACUUCAUCGAGCUCCUGGUGCCCUUCUUCCUCUUCCUCGGCCGGCGGGCACGCAUCCUUCAUGGGGUGCUGCAGAUCCUGUUCCAGGCCGUCCUCAUCGUCAGCGGGAACCUCAGCUUCCUGAACUGGCUGACCAUGGUGCCCAGCCUGGCCUGCUUCGAUGACGCCACCCUGGGAUUCUUGUUCCCCUCCGGGCCAGGCAGCCUGAAGGACCAAGUUCUGCAGAUGCAGACGGAAAUCCGAGGUGCCUGGCCCAAGCCCAAAUUCGGCUCCGUGGUGCGGCGUGCAGCCAACGUCUCGCUGGGCAUCCUGCUGGCCUGGCUCAGCGUGCCCGUGGUCUUCAACUUGCUGAGCUCCAGGCAGGUCAUGAACACCCACUUCAACUCUCUUCACAUCGUCAACACUUACGGGGCCUUCGGGAGCAUCACCAAGGAGCGGACGGAGGUGAUCCUGCAGGGCACAGCCAGCGCCACCGCCAGCACCCCCGACACCGUGUGGGAGGACUACGAGUUCAAGUGCAAACCGGGCGACCCCAGCAGACGGCCCUGCCUCAUCUCCCCGUACCACUACCGCCUGGACUGGCUCAUGUGGUUUGCGGCCUUCCAGACCUACGAGCACAACGACUGGAUCAUCCACCUGGCUGGCAAGCUCCUGGCUGGCGACGCCGAGGCCUUGUCCCUGCUGGCACACAACCCCUUCAGGGGCAGGCCCCUGCCCAGGUGGGUCCGAGGAGAGCACUACAGGUACAAGUUCAGCCGUCCUGGGGGCAGGCACGCCGCCGAGGGCAAGUGGUGGGUGCGGAAGAGGAUCGGCGCCUACUUCCCUCCGCUCAGCCUGGAGGAGCUGAGGCCCUACUUCAGGGACCGUGGGUGGCCUCUGCCCCAGCCCCUCUAGAUGUGCACAGAAAUAAAGGCAAAGACCCAGCCCCUCGGCGGUUCAGCAA